CGACCCCAUUCGGUUUCAUUGCAUCUCUCUCUCUCUCUCUCUCUCUCUCUCUCUUUUCAUUGCUUCUCUCUUGCCGCCUCCACGCAGCCGUCGCGAUCUGCCCUUCUUUGGCCGCCUUGCGCGCCGCUUAGCGUAUCGACGGCCGGGCACCGGAUACCUCAUCCCGCUUUCUGUUCCCCACUAAACCCUCCGACGACCGAUCUUGGAUCGGCCGAAUCUUUCUUUGGUUUCUUUCUCGGAGAACCGUUUGAUCGGAUUACUACGUUGGUGGGUUGGAGGGAUACAGGAUCAAGACUGAAAAAGGAAAGCCAUGGCCGAUUGGGAAGAAGAAGAUUUUGAACCUGCACCUCCAGGUCUAAUUAGUAAUCAGCCAAAAGGACAGUGGGAUGAUGAGGAUGUGGAAGAUGAAAAUGUCAAAGAAUCCUGGGAAGAUGAAGAAGUUCCUGUGCAGGCACCGAAGCUAGAGACUAAAGCAGCAAAGCCAGGCCACAAAGGUGCUGGAGAGAGAGAGAAACUACCUGAAGUGAAGAGAAGUGAAAUAGCUAAUGAAGUUCUAGCUGAUCCUAUUGCUGAGAAACUUCGCCAACAAAGACUUGUUGAAGAAGCUGAUUACAAGUCAACUGCUGAGUUGUUUGCCAAGAAAGGCGUUGAGAAAACUCUGGAUAGCUUUAUUCCAAAAUCAGAGAGUGAUUUUCUAGAGUAUGCUUUGCUCCUCUCUCACAAAAUUUGCCCUUACGAGAAAAGCUUUCAUUACAUUGGCCUUCUAAAAGAUGUUGUAAGGCUCUCUAUGACUUCACUAAAAGCAGCAGAUGCGAAAGAAGUAGCUUCUUCAGUUACGGCAAUUGCCAAUGAGAAACUUAAGGCAGAAAAGGAAGCUAACGCAGGCAAGAAGAAACAAGGCACAAAGAAAAAGCAGCUUCACGUAGAUAAAGCGGAGGACGACUAUGGCACAGCAGGUCGCUAUGAUGACAUGGAUGAUUAUGACUUCAUGUGAAUAAUUAAAUUGGUUCUUAUUGUGUAUGAUUAUUGAGAGAUUUUAAAGAGUGGACGAGAUGUAUAAGAACCAGCAGUGGCUUUGAAAAAAAGUAGAACCAACAGUGGCAAUUUCCAGAGCUUUCUCCAAGGCAUUUAACGUUACGGUCGAGUCCAUUGCAUAUUUUGCUUGAGUGGCUUCAUUUUCUUUUAUUUUAUGAUGUUUUUGUAUCCGUUACAUCGGUACUUUUUCUUGGUCUGAUGUCAGAACAAGUUUUGUAAUCUGCGUGAAAAACUGUAGCAGUUUUGGUUAAGAAAAAAGCGUUUCAUUUGUUCGA